UUCAAUCAGACGACGACAUGUGGCGAGAAACUACAAGUUCGGCUCUGGGGAUGGCGAAAUGGCGCUGGAAUUCGGAGCCAGAAAGUGCGGGAGAGCAGCAGAGUAAGCGAGUGCGCGCGUGUUUUGGCUGCUUUUGGCUUUGCUUUUGGAACAAUGUGUGUUAGAUGGAACCGUUUUUUCCUUGAGACCAAGUGCAUGGCGGGAGCAUAGGAUAAAAAAUUCACCGGCUCAUAAAUUUUAAUGGUGCGACACCCACCGACCGGGCGCGCGCGUGUGUUGCGGUUGUGUUUUGGUGAAUGUUCCACCGUGAAAUCUGUGGCGUGGCUGUUCUCGAUUGCGGAAGGAAGUGUAAACGGUGUUAGCCCAUGUUGGGUUUUGUGGUUGUCAGUCACUUUGGGGGCUGAUUCGAUUGUUGCAACCAAAAACCCUACCGGAUACGGGCGGUCUCUAGAGGUGCCUACCUUUAGGCGAGUUAGUUAGUCUUGGUGGUCGUGGUGAUCGGAGUGCAUCAUCCGCUCGUGUUACAUAAUCCAGCAGCCGUUUCGGGAGCGGAGACCGUCAUCGGUACGGUGUGUAAACAAGGCCGGUUCCAGAGGGGGGGAGGAUUCUCUCGUCAGACGUCAGUGUUUCUGUGCGGACACUGAGAUACAGAGAGUACACAGACAGGACACAGGAGGUAUCGACAGGAGAUCGUCAGUAAGGGCGUCGUUCACACUGUGUUGCUACUGCUGUUGGUGAAGGAUCGUGAACGCGUUGAAGGAUUUAAAUGGUGUAAUUUAGAGCUUAGGAUAUUUCGACGCCACUAGUUUCGACGACCGGAGUGUGCCGAAGAAGAAGUGCGAACGAGAUUAUUCGAUAAAAACCGUUCGGCUGCCUGUCGUAACCAAUUUUUUUUUUUCGAGCAAAGGCUCUUAUCAGUAGGUCAAGUAGAAGGAGGCUCAUCGAGAAACACUCACACCACGAGAGACGCCAAUCAACCCGAGAGCAGGAUGCAACGCGAGGAAGAGAGCACGCGCGUUCGUAAAUAAAUCAUUGCGCUCCUGAUGAUUGAUCUUCGAGAGGGAGGACAACAGAAAUAAUAGCUCCAACAAUAACAACAACAACACGGCGCUGUGUGAGUGAGUGUGCGGUGCGUGUGCUCGUGAAAAUGUGAAAUGGCUCUGUGUGUUGCCUAAAAAUUCGCAAAAAAAGAUAGGGCUCUCGGAACGGGUGAAGAAAUCGAUUGAAGGAAAAGUGCAAAUCCUCUGUACACUGCUGUAAAGUGGCGAGUGCAAUGAGUUCGUAGGAUGCUGCUCGGAUCUCGGGUGUGCUGCAUUUCUAGUGUGUCCUAAAAAGGAUUCUCAAAGGUUCGUCUAAUCUAAUCGCGACCCCGACCGUGAAGUGCGUGGAAAAUAUGCGAACAGUCACAAAUUUGCUGGCGUUCCAGCAUCAGUGAAGUUGCAAUCAGUGUGUCGAUUAGAAAGAAAGAGCAAGAGAGAGAUAGAGAGAGAGUGUGUGUGCGAAAAAAGAGCGCAGCCCAUAUUUCAGUAGAAAAACACCAUUCCGUCUGCCUUCGUGUCAACGCUCCCGAGGCCGUAAAACCCGGAGAGCAUCGCGCUUGACACACACGGAUCCCGUCAAGGAUAAUCUAGCGAAAUUUUUCUACCGUACUUUAGCAUCGAUUUAGGCUAUCAACAGGGCGGCAUUUAUAGUUGAUAUAUUUGUAGAGUAUAAAAAAAAAAUUUGUGUACCAGCCAGCCGGUUCUUGUCGAAGGAAAUUCGAUGGAUUGGAAGCUGUGCUGAGUUGUUGUUCUUAUUAUCGUAAAUUGUUCGUGUCUGUUCCAAGUGCCAUUCGAGCCCGCGGUGCUGGUCCCAGCCCACCCCGCGGUCAAAGAGUAACAGUAAAUCGGAGCUUGUAGGUCGAUCGGAGAAAAGUGUUACCACAGUGUGUUUAGUGUGUAAAACCGCCAAAGUUGUCUGUCAUUCCCCGGAAUCUGUGUCUCUAGUUGUAAGAAAACCAAAUAAAAAAUAGGAAACCCUGGAAUUAAACUGCAUGUUUAGAGCAAUUGAUGUUAGUAUCUUCGAAGCAUUCAAAAAUAAGUAACACAACCAAACUCCCCAUCAACAACACCUAGAUAAGAUAAAUACACCGUCAAAACACAAAAAGUAAAAAUCUGCUCAAAAAAAAAAGCCAUAGUUUAUAAGAAUACAGUCGACGUAAGACCGUUUGUUGUUUUUUUGUAUAUUAAAAAGAAACAAAAUUCACCUCGUCGUCGUCGUCGUCGAAGUGCUACCCAAUACAGGAAUCAACUAGCGUUGUAAGUGUUCAUUAAAAAGUACCUCCCUCACACAUAAACCUCCCAGCCCUUGAUCGACCCAACAAGUCCAACGCGUAAAAAAAAUUAACUAAAUAACUAACCGACAUAGGACUGAUAGCCUUACACACACAUAUAUUAGAUGGCACCUAGCCGGAAGUGAAGAGUAACAAAAAAAAAACAAGUGAGAUAUAGUGCAUCACCACGCGUUCUAUUCUAGUGUAAAAUUAAGUGUUCCAAGUCCGGUUGUGUACCACGCGCCAAUAUGGAAUGCCGUUGCUUUCAUGCGUCCACGUCCGGAAGUGGCACUAAGGAGGAUGGUGGUUCCGCUCUUGGCGGUGGUAGAUCAGUGCAGCAACAGCAACGUGGACUUCAUCGGUUGGUGGUCGGUGUAAUUUUCCCGGGUGCCGAAAUGGUGCUCGUUGUGGUGUUGCUGCUGCUGUCGACGGUGCUGGUGCGGUGCGUCACCGGAGGACAGGAAGCGGAUCUUCACAAACGAGGUAAGCUUUGCCGAAAGCUGGUCGGGAAUUAAAGUACAUUUUCUGGGGCAAGAAACUAAAAAUCUCGGCUCCCAGUAGUCAGAGAGUUAGUGGACAGUGGCGUUGACGACGACUACGGCGGCGGUGGUUGGCUGCGGCGACGACGACGAUGGAACCCUUUCCUGCAUCACCCCCAUCAUCAUCACCGUGUGUCGCCCGCGUUCCGUUGAAGAACUGCAAACUGAAUCCGAAUCUUUGCACAGCAAAAAGCUAGGGUGAAACUUUUCGCAAAACUAGCAAUUAAGUGUACUUUUGUAAAGUAGGUUCUCUCUUAGUAGUAGUUGGUUAGGAUCUUAGAUAACGAAAGGAAACCAGUUCAGUGCGUCGUAUCUUUGUAUCGCCAUUUCGGGUUGUAGCCGGCGUGAUUGAAGAAUUCUUUCCACAUCAUGGUUUCAGUGACGGUUGGCUUGUCCUAGAUGAUGACCGAUGUAGUAAUAGUAGUAGUAGUAGUAUUAGCAGAAAUCGCAAAAUUCAUUAGUCCUGUUACUGUUUCGUAACGAUUUGCGGGAUCGCGUUUGUGUGUAGAUCAAUCCGACGGUGCCGAAAAUGUUCUGGCAAUCGCGACCAACUACUAAACAGUGCUGCCAUAGUUAGUUCGUAGUGAGUAAGUGUGCGUGCGCGGGAUCAGUUGACGGACGGGCGAACGGACGGGGUGUCUCACUUUUUAUCAUCUGCGUUAUUCCGGUUGCGCUGGUCAUUUCGAAUGGCACCAUUGCAUCGAUCAGGGCGCGAGUACCAGCAGCAUCCAGGAACGACGACGACGACGCCGACGAAGACGACGGUGGCGACGAUAAAGACAGCGGAAGAAUCAGAGACAGGCGCGGUAUCCGUUAUCCCAUUCGCUUUCGAUAUCGUCUUUAACACAGCAGCAAGCCUAGAACACAAUCGGAACGAUCAUCGGCAACAGCAACAGCAGCGGGAACUCUAGCAGCAAUGAAACCAAUGAGCCCGCUCCGGGCUGCCAUCCUAGCCCUUGCAAUGGCACUCGUCGAGUCAGCCGGAGAAGCUGAUUACACUCUAGAUGACUCGUUUUGGAACGAGGAAAGUCCUGUCGGUGAAGUGGAGCGUCUACUUAAGGAACACCAGCAGAACCAGGAGCUGGUGGACAAGAUCGGUAGCAAUUUCUACCAGAUUAUCUACCCGGUGCAGCUGCGGCACCACGAAAAGAUGGGCAUCUCGACGCGAGAGGUCGGCGCACCCAAGUUUCCAGCUCGAGGCGGCUACGAUGGUGGCGGCGGCGGCGGCGGCAGCUACGCUGGAAGCGGAGGUGGCCGAGGACGUUCGAGGACGGGGAAACACUUUCACCGGACAUCACUUUUGAUAAAAGCUUUUAAUCAUAAAUUUCGGUUAGAUUUGGAAUUAAACACACAACUACUAGCUCCUAAUAUUGUACAGAAACACUAUCUCCCCAGCGGGUUCGCGCAGGAUUCACAUCGAGAAAUCGAACACUGCUACUACCACGGAACCGUCAAGGACUACCCGGGAGCUAGUGCCGCCUUCCACACCUGCAACGGCGUCAGCGGGGUGAUACAUGUCGGGAAUGAAACCUUUGUUAUACACCCAUUUUACGGAGGGGAUCUAUCGAAACAUCCACAUGUUAUCUUCGAGGCACGUACAAAAUCAAACAAGGGCUGUGCUAAUUCCGGCAACCUGGAGUGGCGGACGCGUUCCAUCCGCCGGCAGGGCCACAAUCAGCAGGGCCUGGUGGCAUCGCAGGAUCCGAACGGGGCCGGUCGGUACCGGCGGGAUGUGCGCGAAACCACCAAGUACAUCGAAACGGCCCUCAUCAUCGACAAGGCGAUGUUCCAGAAGCGCAACGGCAGUACCCGGGCCGAGGUGGUGCACGAUGCCAUCCAGGUGGCGAAUAUUGCCGAUCUGUACUUUCGUACACUCAACACACGUGUUUCGGUUGUAUAUAUAGAGACGUGGCAGGGCCAAAACCAGGCACAGAUCGACGGUGGCAAGGAUAUUAGUAAAGCAAUAUCUAAUUUUAAUGAUUAUACAUCUAGGAAUUUAUAUAAAAUAGAUAAGGACACGACGCAACUGCUAACGGGCGAAACGUUUGCUGGCGGCGAAGCGGGCAUGUCCGUACCGGAAACGGUUUGCACCCCGAAAGCAGUCGGUAUUAGUGUAGAUAUUAAUACGUAUGAGCCGCAUCUGCUCGCCGGAACGAUGGCACACAUGAUCGGACACAACAUCGGCAUGGGUCACGACGACAACCGUGACGAGUGCAUUUGUCGUGACUGGCACGGCUGUAUAAUGUCCCAGUCAAUUGUCGGUUUGGAGAACGUCCAGCCGUAUAAAUUCUCCGAGUGCAGUCGAUUGGAUUAUAUUGAUGCACUGCGGAUCGGACAUGGCCUCUGUUUAUUGAAUAAACCCAACGAGGUGGAGCUCCGAAAAAACUGUGGCAACGGGAUCGUGGAAGACGACGAAGAGUGCGACUGCGGCAGCGCUCUGGACUGCGACAAGACUGAUCCAUGCUGCGACGGAAUCACCUGCAAGCUGAAAAAGGAGUCCCAGUGCGCCACUGGACCAUGCUGUGAUAAAUGUAUUCUAAAGCCUCCGGGCGUGAUCUGCCGGGACGCACAUAACGAGUGUGACCUACCGGAGUACUGCAACGGGGAAUCCGGACAGUGUCCUCCCGAUGUACAUAAAAAGAACGGGAACCCGUGCGGGAUGAAUGCGACCGGAUUUUCGACCGGUUACUGUUUCAACGGGGUCUGCCCGACGACGGCGGCUCAGUGCGAGCGCAUCUGGGGCUACAGUGGCACUGGAGCCGAUCGCGUGUGCUACGAGCAGUUCAACUCCAAGGGUUCGAUCAACGGACACUGCGGGAAGGACACCAACGGCAACUACAUCAAGUGCGAACCGGAGAACAUCCAGUGCGGUUCGCUGCAGUGUAAGGACGGCGAUCGGACGCCGGUGGAGGACUGCAGUGACCAUCUUUACUCUAGGGCAAUUAUUUCAAUUAAGGGAAUCGAGUAUGAAUGCAAAAAUGAUGCAUGUUCUCCCGUUGCUCCGUCCUAUCAUCACAGGUCGAUAACCGGCUCGUCGACCGGGGCGGCCACACCGCCGUUCGGGUUGGUCCGCGACGGGACACCGUGCGGCGAUAAUCUGAUCUGCGUCAACCAGACCUGCGUCAGCAUAUUCCCGUACAUCGACCAGACCAAGUGUCCCAGCAAUCACAACAACCUGGAGUGCUCCGGAAAUGGGGAUUGCACGAACACCAACAAGUGCUUCUGCAAAUUCGGCUGGACAGGACCGGACUGCUCGAUACAAGCUCAUAUCACAACGACGUACGCAUCCCCAGUGACAGCCUCCACACCGGAUGGUCUCUCGGCCGUAAUGGAAAAGAAAACCACUCGCUACGCAAACUACCACGGCUCAAACACGGUGUUUCUAGUCGGUGUGUUAAUGUCGGUUGUUGGGGGUGUUUUUGUAACGUUUGCUCUGAUGGCUUUGUGCUACAGGUCAGUUGUAGUACAUAAUAACUUCUCCUUGUGCCUAAGAAAGAAAACCACUCGCCUUAAAUACGACCCACCGUACGUGAAGAAACCGAUGGCGAAGUACGUGGGCGGGGCCGCCAACGCCAACCACCACUCCCAGGAUGACAUCUCGCUCGAGGGUUCCAAUAAAAUGAUGUUCGGCAACCAGACGACGCAGUUUAGGGUUGAUCACAAAUCUCUCCGCAGAAUGACGGGAACCUCGGGCAGCGAAGACGAUCCGACGCAUUCCGGCGAAGAAGAGACAGUAUCAUUCAUCGAUCUACCCCCAAACAAUAUCUCGAAACUUCCAGAAAAGGGCAUACUUAAAAAACACGGAUUCGGUCUAGUGUUGGCCGAUAGCAAUAAAGAAAAAUGGCCCGACGACACACAAUCCGAUAAUCUCGAAUUGAUAGCUCAGCAAGAAUCCACUAUUCCUCCAUCAGGUGGCCAGGUGGGCCCAGCGGCCGUUGGCCCCGUGUCGGACGUCGAGCGUACGAUGAAGAGCCUCAAUGGUUAUCACGAGGAUAUCCUCGAAGCCCUACGACGAUCGGCCGCCCAGGUGCCACGCAGUAGCGCCAACACACCGUCGGGCAGCAUCAGCGAAGAACUGCUCCGUAAGACCCUGUCCGAUUGCGUCGCCGGAAUGCAACUCGGAGCGCCCAAUGUCUACCCGACGGAACGGGAGUACAAACGUAGCAGUAGUUCACGGACCGGCUCCAAGGAAAACAUCUGCGAUCCUCAGCAGCACAUCCUCAGCGAUACGGGGGCUACCUCGGCCCUGCUGCAACAUCAUCGCCAACAGCAGCAGCACCCUCAGGACGAAGACGAUACACCGUCGGUCGGACCGUUACGUAUCCGAAAUCUGGAGGACCUCAUACGACAGCUGGAGCACCAUUCAUCGCGGCACAUGAGCCCCAGCGGGUCCGAGGAUAUUCGGAUGUCGGAGACGGAAGUCGAUCGUCACUAUAGAGUAGAUAGUUCAGCCGCUUGUAGUGAAUCAUCGCAUGGCUCAAACCAGCAACUAGCUCAAUCGCAGAAAACUGCCACUAUACUGCCGCCCUACAGUAGUCGCUGUCGUCCACCGCGAUCGGACGACGAAUCCCGGUUUUCGUACGGUGGUGGUGGCGGUGGCGGUGGUGGUGUUAUCCCCGGAAGCAGCGGUACCGGUCGUUACCGGCAUCCGGCGAGUCGCCACCCCGCCCACCAAUCGCACUCACCCCAUUCGCCUCACUCGUUUGCGCACCACACCCACCAUGGGCAUGCCCACGGGCAUUCGGCGCACGCGGGCCACUCGUCGCAUCACUCGUCGCACACGCACCUGCACCAGGACGACGAGGGGAUCUACGAGAGUGCCGAUCCGCACCCGGUACAUCCGAUUCACCCGCACGAUCGGAACGCCAUGAGCGACCAGCGGGAUACCAACGAUAGCGAAAGUGAUGAAUUAUUUCAAGCUCAACAACAGUUAGCCCGAUGGGCGAGUGAGGACGUGGUUUCCGUGGUGGUAAUGGAGCAAGGAUCGGAUUCGUCCCACGCGCAAGGUCCAUCAUCAGCCAGUACCAUGCACGGCCAUAUUCAACAACAUCCAUCGCAUCAGCAACAGCAGUUGCAUCACGACAACCCUAUAACUACCACCACCACCACCAGCAACGUCAAUGGAGUACAAGCAAUGGGCAGCUGUCACAAUAUCAACAGUUUGAACCACCAACAACUGGUGAACAGCAGAGACUACUAUCCUUCGCCACCCUCCACCGAGACCGAGAGCAGUGGAAGCGUAAUCCAACCGUCGAGACGUGGACCCAUUAUGCCCGGCCCCGGACCAGACGGAAAUCAUAUAAUGGAGAGUACAGGUCGCUAUCCCGAAUAUAAACACUGAUAGUAGCUGAACGGGAUUUGAUCUCGUCACGCGUCAUAAUCCCCUUCUAGUAGUGAAACGUAACACACAUACACAUGCACAUACACACACGUAAAGUGUUUAUCAUCGAGUCGAAUUUAUACUACUGCAAAAGAGCGCCUACGGAGAAACAUGUGAGAACAUAAAUCUGAAGAAACAAAAAAAAAACAGUUGUAAUAUAUGUGCGCAAUAAAGGAAUAACCAUUUUCCACACAACAAUUAAACAAAAAAAAUUGAUUGAUUGAAAACGGUAUUUGAAAACAAACAAACAAAUGAAAAAAAAAGUAACAAAGUGUUCACCGUUAUCGUCUCACCACGCAACAUUUUCGCUAAGCCCUCGGAAUCAUCGUAAAACAAAAAUCAAACCAAAACUGUAUAGGACAUAACAAAAACAGAAGUAUAAAAUAAUAAUAUUCCUCUUUCCCAUUUAGGCAUUGAGAAAUAUGUUUAAUGGCGACCUGUUUUUACCAGGUCGAUUGAGACAUAAAAUAAACACACACAUCCACACGGAAACCGCGCACCACACGUCACUUCUUUCACCGCAUACCGCGAAAAAAAAAUAAAAGAAAAAAUACAAUUCGCCAUCAUCGACGAUCAGCAAGCAGGUAGAGAAUAAAAAACUGAAUGAAUCAAAAUAAUUUUUACAGAAAACAAAAAAAAAAACAAAACAGUUUAUAUCGCAACACAUAACACACAGAAAUCGCAGUAGGCUGCAACCUGGUGGAUAAAGCGAGUAGUAAUGAACGAUAUUUUUACUGGAAUACACAAACACACAGACAUAAACAAACAAACAGAUAGAAUAGCAAGCAAGCACGUGACAAAUAAGCGAUUAGUUGGAAAACAAGAGGCAGAAUGGUGCUCGCUGACGAUAUGGCGCUAGGGAAAUUUAUAGUUGUUAUAAAUUAUAAAACAAACAAACAAAACAAGAGAGGGAAAAAAACUAAUUGGCUUCAACCAUACCACAAACUAAUACCUAGUUAAACACGGAACUACUCACUGCAUCUAGCACACACCCAAAGCGUUCUAAGCGCGCAUUACGAAUAAGGUCGUUCGGGAAACUCAAAACUAAAAACACUCACACACAGAAAAAGAGGAAAAACAAACGUAUAUAGCUAGAAUAAAUCGUGUAAUGUAACAGGAAAAAAAAAACAAAACGAUCAAAUUUCACGGAACAUCAACUUUCAUCCACAUGUAAAACUAUAGCUAAAACAUGAACAUAAUGACAACUACACUUCAUAAACAACGCGGCAGACGCGGAUUACAGCCUCCGGAGUGGGGGCCCAUUUCCUGCCGUGGCACUAAGUUUGACAGUUAUUGCUCUAACCGGCCGGUGUUAAUGGGGUGGUCCCGCUCUGGAGGCCAUAAACGUCAAAAAACAGCGUCAGACCGUAUGCUCUACAGUAAAAGUGCAAAUCAGAUAACGGUGAGUGUAUUUUUUUUUGUUAUCUUCAAUAUGGCACUAAUUGUUUGACCCCCCAGAGGUGCUGGUUUCCGUCUGAUUGAAAAGCAAAAGGAAUCUGGUUGGAUAUCGAAAGACAAAAUCCCUUAAAAUCCCAUUCGAAGAAGAAUUCCUACUAGAAGACUACUUUGUUUUCAUGAAUCGAUCCAUCAAUGCCGAACCAAUUGAAAUUGUAAAAUGACAGUAAAAGAAAUGUUACUCUCAGUCCCGCUCACAAAUUGUGAGAACGAGAUUCAGGUUCGGUCGACAACGCAAAAGCGACACAGUAGCUUCAAAAUCGACUUGAGCAGUGUGAACGUACUCAAAUUGCAUUCCAAAAAAAUAUUCGGUAAAAUUCACCCAUUCAAUCGAUCAUCUCCAAACUUUCAGGGAAUGAAAACGAAGAUAUUAUUAAACAAUUGAAGUGAAUACAUCUUACUUUACUAUAGGGCGCCUUUUCAAAAUUGAGCCUCUAAGAAAGUGAUAGGUUUUUGGUCGUGUAUUUGUAUUGUUUUAUUCAUCGUUCGGGGCUAGUCCGAACACGGGAUUAAACCUGAAAGCUUAAGGUUCUGCUUACAAUCUUAGGAAAACAGCCAUUGUUGAAAAAACGCAAAAGCAGUUUUCUCUGCUACUGCUUGAUGAAUCUUCAAAGGAAAUACAUCAGUUUAUUUAGAAAAAUGUGCCCAACAAACUGAUAUUUCUCUUUUGAAUUUCCGCUCAACGAUAGUGAAGAAAACUGCUCUUGUGUUUCGCAACAAUGGCCGUGUUCUAGAGAAUGUAAAUUCUCCCAUAAAUAUUUUCUAAACCAGCAAUUAUUUCGAUCUAUGGAUUGACUUUGUAAACGAGCCUUCAUGUAACAGACAGAUGUCAUUAAAUUGGAUGACGCUGAAUCAAUUUAGUUUGGCUUCAAUUGUGUUGUUUCAAAAGGUGUACGUUUUUUACUGAUUUUUUUUUUUCGAAAUUUUCUGGUGCUUUGAAAUGUUAAUUUCGUGCUGUAUCCAGUGAUUAUUGAGUGCUUUCGAUCACGUGGAAAAUAAAAUUAUUAUUGUGUCUGGAAAAUGAAUUGUAUGUGCGGGGCUAAGCCGGACCAAAAUGUGGGCCUCAAUCGGACACAUAAUUUUCGAAUUGAAAUUCUUAGCGGAUUCUUAAAACAUACCUAAAACUUGAUAUCUGUAUAUUUCAAUUACACUUCUUAUUAGUUAUUAAAACAAGAUUUACUAUAAAUUCAAUCGUAACGUUCAUUAUAUGUAGCGAAACAAUCAAACAGUCUUUAAUAAUGACUCUAAAGUCAGUUUCAACAUCAACUAUUUGGUACUGCAGAGCGUGAAGUUUCGAGGCAAUACCUACGUUCACAGCGAGCAGAAUUAUGUCUUAUGCAAGGUUGAAACCAACAGACAAUUUUUUUGCGCUCAUUAAGUUAUCUUAAAAUUGAUCGCGCCCUACUGUUUUCGAUCCUAAUUUUUGUGCUUAGCCCCGGUCUCCCCUAUCAACAUAUUUUCUUCUCCACGUCAUCGAAGAUAUGAUCAUCAAUUUGUGAUAGAAUUUUCGGUAGUAUGAGAUAACCACAUGUAUCUCAAAGUGACACGUUUUGGGGUUUGAGCGGUUAGAAAAAAAAAGAAUGUUCCCUUUCUUUCUUCAUAGUGGAAUUUAAGGGAACUUUCAUUUUUUUCAAAAACAGUCAAAAUUAAAGCUUCCUAAAAUAUUUGAUAAGUAAUGAAAGUAAAAAAAAGUACGGGUGUGUAAUGUCAGAGACAUAACUGGAUGUCGUGAAUACGAAUAAAACUGACACGAUUUCUUUACACUUUCGAAUUCGAAUUGAUAGGUGAUCAAUUGUGUGAAUUGCGAAACUGACCCCCUUUUCACUACUAAAAUUUUAAACGAUUUUUGACGUCGAUUAUCUCAUUUUGGAUUUGCAUAUUUCACUGAAAGAAACUAUCAAGAUGCUGUACAGGAUUCAUUUCUGCCUUUUAGAAGGACCAAAUUCUCUACGAUAUUUAGCACAGUUCGAAACAUUUUUCUCGAAAGAAAAGUGAACGAAACAAAUCAAAUUAUUUUGGAUUUUCACCAAACUGAUGAUUUCUACCUUCGAUUUGCAAAGAAGUAAUCUUAAUAGUUCUUUAGAUAACAUUUAGAGCCAUUAGAACGACUGAUUUUAUAUAAUGUUGUCCACUUUUCGUUUCUUGUUUUCUUUCUCUCCAAUGCAAACCACCAGCAGCUGGUGGAAUAGUUCUUGCUUGAAUUGAAAAUAGCUUUGCAUACAAACCGACACAUCCGCUCACAGUGCCAAAUGAUGCGAAACUUUUGAUGAAAUAGUGAAAGAAUUAUGUUGCUGCCAUUAAUACAAGUCGAGAUAUUCACGAUUACGUUCUGCCCAUUCUUCCAUAUGGCUAAUUUUGAAAAGGCGCCCCAUAGUAAAGUAAGUCGUAUUUACCACAAAAUUGACACUUCAUUCAUUCUAGCUUACCUAGUUGUCUCGUUCAGCUCGGACUGGAAUCCAGGUUCAGAAUCCAAGUUCAGCUCUGAAAUUAAGUUUCAAGACCAGAUUUUUUUUUUCAUUUCCUGAAUCCAGAUCUAAAAUUUCGUACAUCGUCCAGAAUCGAGUUUCGGAAUUCUGGAACUUAAACCGAAAUUGAGAACUUGAUUCUAAGCCUGGAUUUUGCAACCGAAAUCUGGAAUUAAGAUCUGUAUCUUGAUGAUAAAUUUGAAACUAAAUAUCGGAAAUAAUUUCUGAACUUGGUUGGUGGUAAGUUCAGUUCCGAAAUCUCAGGUCCAGAAUUAAGAUUCAUUGAUAUCUAAGAAACUGACCUACUUUAACAUUUUCUGUUUGGUCCGACUUUAAACACAGUUGAUAAUUAUUUCCACGAGCAAAAUUCAAAACAAAUCAGUUACCCCUCGUUUGGCAAACAGCGCACAAAGUAGUGAUGGGUGAGCGAUCACGAGUUCUCAUUUCAUUUGAACCGACUCGUAGCAGUGAGCGAACGAACGACGGCUUUUCAAAAUUGAACCGCGGCUCUCAGCAUUAAAAGUUAGCCAAACCAUGAACCGUGGUUCAUCCGUGCUGCCGCUCAAAUUUGACAACCGUGGUAUUCGUAUAGUAUAAACUGAUUAUGGAUGAGCGCUCACGAGCCGUUCAAUGGUUUUAACCGAGGCUCUCAAAAUGAGCCAUGUCUCUCAGCAUUAGCGAAGUUCGCACUGCAGAAACUGCACAAAGCUAAUUAAAUUAUUCUAGAUUUGCCCUAAACUGAUGAUAUUUACUUUCGAUUUGCAGAGAAGUGAACCUCAUAGUUCUAUGGUUAAUAUUCCGAGUCCUUUGGAGGGUCGAUUUUGUAGAAUGUUCACUUUUCGUGUAUUUUGAGCAAUAUUCGUGUAUUUUGAGCAAAAUACUGAUAAUAUUAGACUACAACAACAGAAUAUUAUUCUCAACAUUUGCUACUUAGCCAUUGUAGACUAACUGGCGCACCUUCUUGCGAACGUUCCUCAUUAAAUUCCGUACAGACUUCUUGGUGACAAGUUUUGACAGUUUUUUCCAAUCUUUUUCGAACUGUUGAAUGGUUUCGGCUGCCGAGAUAUGUUUCCUAUGAUGUGCCUUCGUUAAUGCCCAAAAUUCAUCCAUUGGUCGAAGUUGUGGGCAAUUUGGUGGAUUCAUGUCUCUUGGGACGAAAGUGACAUUUUUGGUAGUAUUCCAUUCUACCGUUGAUUUCGAGUAGUGGCAAGAAGCAAGAUCUAGCCAGAAGACAACAGGAUCCUUGUGGCUUCGAAUCGUGGGUAGAAAUCGUUUUUGUAAACAUUCCUUGAUGUAUAUUUCGCUGUUCAUUGAAGCAGUAAUGAUGAAGGGUUUCGAAAUCUUACCGCAGCUAAAAAUUGCUUGCCAGACCAUAGCUUUCUUACCAAAUAUUUCGACUCCAAUCGAUGUCUCGGACUGCUUUAACACUUGCCCUUCUCGUACCGUAUAAUAUUGUGGUCCCGGCAAGGAUUUGUAAUAGAGUUUCACGUAGGUUUCGUCGUCAAUGAUUAUGCAGUUCAAAUUUCCAGCAAGAAUCGUAUUGUACAGCUUUUAAACCCUCGGCUUGAUCGAUGCUUCUUGUUUCGGACUACGUUUUGGUUGUUUCUGCUUUUUAUAGGUUCGAAGAUUCAAACGUUCUUUAGCACGAAGAACAUUUGACUUCGAAGUACACAAUUUUUCGGCCACAUCCCGAACUGAAACCUCCUUCUUUUGUUCGAACACCUUCAGUAUACGUUUAUCCAACUGAGGGUUAGCAGGACCCUUUUUUCGAUCCGUUUUCGGUUUAUCCUCAAAGGUGUUAUCCUCACCGAACUUUUUUUUUUUGUUUCGAUUAUAGAGGUUUUAACCUUAAGGUCAUUCGCCUCUUCGGGCCAGAAAAACUUUCUGACCCUAUGUGCGGGGUUGGGAAUCGAACCCAGGUGGGCUGCGUGAAAGGCAUCGACUUACCCAUUACGCUACACCCGUCCCCCUCACCGAACUUCCUGAUUGCAUUUCGCACGGCUUUUUUACUAACUCCUUCCAUUUUUGCUAUCUUUCUCAGUGACAGUCCGCGUUCUGUGCACCAUUUGUAUACAUUUUUUCGACGUUGUUCUGCUGAAAGUCCACCCAUUUCGAAACAAACUAAUAAAAACGAAUAAACAACUGCACGAGCGGUUAGAGAAGAGUGUAAACAACAGGACGCAGUCAUAAAAAUUGACAGAUUCUGAACCAUUGCGAAAUGGCAGCGGUUUUUGGUUGCAUCCAUACUUUCUGGGACAGUCUUUAAAGAGAAAUCUGGGAGGGUGUUAUUUUUGUAACUCGUUUAAAUUAUUGUUAAAAUUGUCUCACAAAAAUUCGAAAAAGUCAUAUAACUCUCAAACACCAAAACGUAGCAACAUACUACCUUCAGCAAAACGAUGGCUGUAGUUUACUUGUUUAUCAUGUACAUCAUUUAUAUUAUAGUUUAUACGAUUCUACUAGCACUACGAAUUCUUCCAGAUCGGGGCUCGAACAUACGACAACUGGUUUGUAAGACCAGUGCCCUAUGCAUUGAAUCGCCAACCCGGGACGAUUUCUCUUCAAACUUUCCCUAUUUUAUGACCUUUCAGAAACAGUAUAAGAUUACCGAUUUAUUAAUUUUUAGUUUGACGUAUAGCCGACGAUGUCCAGCCAGCGACUGGCACCAUUAAAGAAGGUGACAAGCGAUUAUAAAUACACUCUCCUACUCAAUACUUGAUCGGAUAAAUAGGUAUAAAGCGAGAGGACUAGUGUUUGAGGGACAGAGAAGAUGUUUGGAUGUAAGGUAUCGGUCGGGUGACGGCCAGAAUGUAGACCAUGUUCGAUGUACGUUGCUACUAUGUCUGUUUCGAGUUUUAGAGUGGCUAAAACAAGAUCAGAGUGGCGAAAUGGUAGCGCGUAUGCACGGAAUGCAUAAGAACGCAGGUUCGAGUCCUGUCUCUGAGCGUAUCUUUCUCCAAAAAUUCAUCUUUUCUGUUAGUUUUUCUUUCACUUGGCUUCUCCAAUAUAUAUUUCCGCUCAGUCAUUGCAAAAACUGAGUAUAAGAUUAGUUUUAAUGGAUCUCACAUCUGCUGAAUAUUUAUAGUUGUAGGUUGACUAGUUUUGACGAAAAAAACAAUAAUAACUUUUGAAUGGUAGCUUCUAUUGGAAACCUUAGUUGAGCAAAAUUGUGCGCAAUAGCUAGCUCGACAAAUCUUUGGAAGUCGAUUUUCUCGUGAAACUCUUCACAAAUAAGUUAGAACAAAAAAGGUGAUUUUUUGAGAGCCACCCUACUUUUACUCCGAAAAAUUAAUCUAAUUCGAUCAAAUGAAGAGGUAGGAAGAUGGCUUCUUCAGUUUCAGAAAGUUUGAAACCCUAAUGAUGUUUUACAUAAAAAAAACUACAAGGAUCAGCCCCAUGGGGUUGUUCGAGCCAUUGAUGUGGAACAAGGCAACCAAAAUUUCUAAUGAUCGACAUUUUCAACUAAUCGUCACACGUUUGGAUCCGCAAAUGCACGAGAGUCUGCUUAGCUUGAUCUUUAUUAGGAACCAACACCGAACACGCGAACCCAGAAUAUAGACUCUAUUUGUCGUGAUUUGUAUUUGUUUUGUAGCCGAAGAAAUUACAUCAAUAGCCCAAAUGUAUGCAAUUAUAUCUUUGAACAUACUUGCGAUACGGAUAUCGAUAUUGAAGCUUCACUUCGUCAAGCUUGUGUUCAAGUUUUGUAUGCAAGCAAUUAUUUUUAUAGUGUUUCUGUACCAUUACUACCAUUCUGCGAUUUCGGUAUGCCGGAGAUUUUUUGCAGGCAAAAUAGGACACUGCUAGCUAUUAAUCAAUAUUUCAAUGAUACACAAAAAUACAUGGCUAUGAACAUUCAAAUCAAUACGUAGAAAAAUUUCUAAUCAAAUGUUGACAUAAUAUUAAUAACUGAUACAAAAUUGACUGAGCUGUAAUUGUUCAAAACCUGACCACAUUUCUACGUGUAUUUUUCUUGAGUUUCUAAUUUGCACCCCUAUAUAGAAAACAAAAAAGUGCUCCACAUUAAAAAUGCGGCAGGUGAAACCAACCUUUAGUGAAAACACCAACUACAAAAAAUAAUAUUUUAGAGCGAAAAAAAUUUUUGUCUCGCUAAUUUUCCGUUACGCAACGGGUUCUAUUUUACGCCAUAGUCCAGUCUGUCAUUCAUCAGUCCAGUUCGGUUUUAGCUAGAAAAUGUCCUUUUGACAUUUGAGAAUAAGUGAAUUUGUGAGUCAAUAAAUAUCUGCAGCGUUUAUUAGAAAUCUCAGAACUGAGCGAUGAAUCUGCAAAUAUGGCAUCACGGGUUUGCAUAUACUGAGCUUAUUCAGACCAGCGAUGCCAACCCUACGGAUUUAUCCGUAGAUCUACGGAUUUCUGUCUUAUCUACGGAUUUACGGAUGAAUCAUAUGAAAUCUACGGAUUUAGCAUUAUUUUACCAGAACCCUCCAGAUCCAGCAUUAUAUCUCUAGAUAUCAAUGGAAAAUAAUUAAAUAUUGUUAUAUCAUCUCCUUUUUUUGCUUGUCCGAUUAGAAUAGUAAUGAUGCCUCUAUAUAAGCCACCGAUCAGUCAUUGUUGGAGCUGUUCAGUUUAUGUAAAUGUACGAGCAUAAGUAUACUUGAAAUCAAAUCUACGGAUUUGACCUCAAAGAAAAGUGGCAUCACUGAUUCAGACCCUGUUAGCUUAGAGAGAAUUCAGUCUUCAGAGAGAAAUCAAAUGAAUUGGACGAGAUUCGAAGCGGGUGUCAUACUCACAAAAAAGUACACUGGGGUCUCUUUUUACGCGAUUUCUUCUGACGCGGGUUUUUUUUACGCGGUGUUUUUCGGCAUCAAAAAAUUUUUUUGAGAUUACACCAGAUCAGAUACGUUUCAUGCAUUUCUAAGAUAUUCGGCAUCCAAAAAAUUUGUCUUUGGCUUAUUUGUAUAUGUGUAUUGAAAGAUUGUGCAAAUAAUUUUCCCGCAGGAGUCUAAUCAAGUCUAAAAUGCGCAAUAUCUAACGGUUAAUUUAAUCGGAAAUUUGUCCUGGGUUGUCCAGUCGAAGAUUUUUCUAUUUAAUUUCGUCAUGAAGAACUACUGGACCCUUUUGGAGCAAAUAACUGACUUGUAGGACCAGCGCCCUACGUAUCGACCCGUAAACCCGGGGAAGUUACUAUGUUUUGAUUAGAGUUAGAAGUGUAGAGUCGACGAAAUUGGCAAGAUAAACAUCCAGUAACUGUCGGCUCCAGAAUUCUUUGCAAUUGAAAUUGAACAUGUUCUGAUUUUUCUUCGAUUAGAAAUUACGGAACUUUGAAAAAAUGUUGUCAACGUCGAAUAAAAAAUAUACAAAUAAAUUCGACUGGUGAUGACGUUCGAAAAAUUCCAGAAUCUAAAUUUUUCAAAUCCUUAAAUCAUGUUAUUUGAUGUUGGACCGCAACAAUGCAGCAAUCGGUACGAGGCCAAGAAUGAUCGAUUCUGAUGCAUUUUUGUUAGACUAUUUUCAUACUGUGAACUACCUACAAACUCAACCGUUUCGCUGAUUGCGUCACAUCACACUGUACUUUGCAAAUGGACGCGCCGCUGUCACUUACACAUUACACUGCCAUUGGCUACACGAACACACUGAAAUAUAGACUAACAAAAACACACACACACCUAACUUACCUACAUUGUACUUUCUGUCAUGAAUGUACCAAAUUUUGUACUGAAAAACAUUGGGGGAAAUAAAAACUAUGUGUCAUAAAAAUGCUGCACACUAGCGAAAAUCAAACAAAACGUCUUGAGGAAACGCGUUGUUGGGUUCACCUUUUUAGGAUUUCUACCACGAGGUAGGGUUAGGAAAAUUUGUAAAUUUUGAUUUGAAUUAGAAAUAAUGUCAAUUUUUAUACAAAAUGAGCUGGAAACGAACGGAGAAACUAGACAAAAAAUCAGUAAAAUACGCUAGGCUUUUGUCAGAAGAGAAAAAAGAAAAAUCGGUAGACUUUUUCGAACACGUUUUCUAAAAAUGAACUAAAUAAUUAAGAAUAAUGCACAUUAGUCAAACAGACGGAACGCGCGGGAGUGUUAGGAAAGACAGUUGACAUUUUUCAUCUCAACUAAAAAAAACAGCAUCAUCUCUUUAUGUUACCUGAUGUACCCGGGACGGCACGGGACGCGACUAACUUUACCCAGCAUGCAUUGCGUACUCACCUACUCACCACAUACAUAUUCACAUCCCACACCCAAAAAAAUAAAUGAAUCAGUGUAUGAAAAUCUCUGUUACCAAACAAAAAAAAAACAAACCCCGUGUCUCGAUAUAAUCUAAUUAACAAACGCGUACGCGAGCAUGACAAAAAAACCGCAUGUGAACGAAAAACGAGAGCGAGAAAUAGAGAAACGAAAACAGAUGAGAAACACAUGCCGGAAGAGAGAAGAUAACCUAAUGUUAAGUAAUUUGUAAGGAAAACCGUAAACGUCAUUCUAAAAUAGUUGUAUAUAUUUACAGAAAAAAAACAGCGUAAUAGCAUGUGGGAAAACUAAAACUAAAGGGAAAAUUAAUACAAAACAAAGCAGUGUUACACAAAAAAAAAAACAAUUCAGUAAACGGAUAUAGUUUAAGUUAACUGUUUGUAAAAAAACUGAGAAAAAAAAUUGAAAAUAAAAACUAUAGUCAUAAAUAAAACUAAGACAAAGUCAUAAAAAAUACACUCACACAUCCAUUGAAACCGAAAUGAAUAAUUAGGAAAACAAUAGCCAUACAUACUGAACGUUAUUGAAGUAUUGUUUUCCCUCGGUAAAAACAGGAUUCGUUCCUUCAAAAUGUUUCGGGCGGAUUUCGGGAUUUCGUGUUUCGGUUGGUGCCCCCCGUAUUGCGGUGAUUUAUUAUCAAAUAAUAGCGAAGCUGCCGCAAACCAAAAAGGGGUCCCUAGCGCGACAUACUAGUAACAGGAAAAACAAAUAAGUAAAUUUCAUGCGAUUGUAAAUAGUUACUGUGGAACUACAGAGUUCUAAAGAAGAAAAAAAACGUAAACCAAAUGUUUUUAAAACAUAUGAUGCAUUUAGGCAUAGCAAAUCACAAACACACACACACGCAGACAUACACACACAGAAGAUGUUCCGAAAUGAAUCAGCAACAGAAUAAAUGGAAUGUAUAAAGUGGAAAAAAUAAACUAUAUAAUCGUUUUAUAUUAAAUCAAAGGAAGAAAAAAACCCAAGGAAAAGUGGUAUUUAUUAAAGAAAAAAUGAAACAAAAAUAGUUAAAUAAAUCAAAUUAAUAGAUUUUAAAUUAUUAAGAUAAAAAAAAACAAGUGACCGAAGGCGUUAGACAUUAGUUAAACCAGUGAAUGAAGAAACUUAAGAACAAAAAAAAAUCGAGAGUAAAACAAAAAAAAAUCAUCAAAGAAGAAGAUCAGAGUCAUAGGUAGUCAGCGCAUUUCACGCGAUCAGUUCAAUUGGAAUCCAUAGCAUCAAUCCUUGGUUGUUGUUCCUUUUAAUUCCGAAAUAAAAACCCCACGUAACGAUACAAUCCUUCCCCCAUCCCGUUCCUAUCCUCGCGUACACACGCAGCCAUUAACAGCAGAUCAGUUCUGUUAUCAAGCAAUUCUAAAGUUCAUGGUAAAAUAUGACAGAGACAGCGAUAGAGAAAGAGAGAGAGAGAGAGAGAGAGAGAGCAGCAGGCGGGAGAAAAAAAAAAACAGUAGAACAAAAAUAAACAUUAUAAUAAUGCAAACGUCGAACAGAAAACCGUAAAGAAAAACACACUUUUUUAAUUGAAGAGACGUCUAGAGAUAAAAAAAACACACACAUCACCGCAGCUGUAAACCGGGAAAAUGGAGGUGUAUUUCAAGUUUAAUAACUAAGCCCAUAUGUAAAACACAACACAAAGAAGAAGAAAAAGAAAAAAAGAACCCUGCAGAUAACAGAAGAAGAUGAACAAACAAACAAACAAAAAAAAUGUAAUGUUUUCCGUUGAACAAUUCUACUGUGAAGCCGAGCAAAAUGCGAUCUGUUUGAUUUUAUACGUAGAUAAAACCUAAAGUUUUCUAAAUUUGAGAAGAGUAUGUUGGAGGCAGGAAGAUGAAGAAUAUUUCGAAAUGUGAAGUCAUGUGUUCACUUUUCCGUUGCUGUACAAAAAAAAACAUAAACACACACACACAAAAGUGACAUGGUUUUGUUAAACUAAUUUUAUGAUAGAGAAAUAAAAGUUUAUAAGUUACUAACAAAUGAAAAUCGUCAAAA